GCCAGGCGGCGGCGGCGGCGGCGGCGAUGGCGGCUCUGAGCGAGGUGCAGCGGCUGCAGGCCCGGGUGGAGGAGCUGGAGCGCUGGGUGUACGGGCCGAGCGGGGCGCGCGGCUCGCGGAAGGUAGCUGAUGGUCUGGUCAAGGUGCAGGUGGCUUUGGGGAACAUUGCCAGUAAGAGGGAGAGAGUGAAGAUUCUGUACAAAAAGAUUGAAGACUUAAUCAAAUACCUGGAUCCUGAGUACAUUGACCGGAUUGCCAUACCUGAUGCUUCUAAGUUGCAGUUCAUCUUAGCAGAGGAGCAGUUCAUCCUCUCCCAAGUCAUGCUCUUGGAGCAGGUGGAUGCCCUGGUGCCCAUGCUGGACAGCGCUUCCAUCAAAGCUGUUCCUGAGCAUGCUGCCCGCCUGCAGCGCUUGGCCCAGAUCCACAUCCAGCAGCAGGACCAGUGUGUGGAGAUUACUGAGGAGUCCAAGGCUCUCCUGGAGGAAUACAAUAAGACAAUAAUGCUCCUCUCCAAGCAGUUUGUACAGUGGGAUGAACUACUUUGCCAGCUCGAGGCUGCCAAGCAAGUGAAGCCAGCAGAAGAAUGACAGGCUACUCAUCAUCCCAAGGGCAGACGAACACAGGCAGGCUCCGAGGCCCUGUGCCAACCUAUCUUUAUGAUAAUACAGAAACAGUUACGUAUUUAUUGCAUUCAGGGACUACCUGUGCGCUCCGAUGGGGCUCUAAUGUCAGAGGUUGGGUCACCUGAGAAUUGUGAUUCGUACCCCAUCACUGUAUUUAUUCCAGUGACAAUAAACUGAGAAAUUACUGAGA